CUCAAACGGGGAUUUAUAGUAAUAUCGUACCCUGUUCCCAAUUCAUCUCUGUCUCGCUCUCAGAGGGGUUAGGGUUAGGUUAGGGUUAGGGUUUUAGCAGAGCUUCUGCAACUGUCUUCUUGGUUGGGUCUCCACCUUACUCAAACAUGGCUUUCUGGGGAACUGAAGUGAAGCCUGGAAAGCCCUUUACUCAAAAGUUUGAUGACUUCAAAGGAAGACUUCAUGUUUCACUGGCAACAUUGGGGUUUGGUACAGCAACAAAGAAGAGCGUUCUUCAGUGUAAUGUGGGGAAUAAGAGUCCUGUCUAUCUAUGCUCAUUGUUCCCCGAGAAGACUGAGUGUUUGCAACUAAAUUUGGAAUAUGAAGAGGCUGAUGAAGUCAUUUUUUCUGUAAUCGGUCCUCGAAGCAUUCACCUUUCUGGUUAUUUUCUAGGCAGUUGCCGACACAAUAAUAUAAAUGAUGAUAACACAGAAUCCUAUGGAGAAGAUAUUGCAAACACUGAAACACAGAGCUCUGAGUAUGGUGACGAAGACAACUAUGAGGAUAGUUUUAUCAAUGACGAGGAUCCAGAAGUUUUCUCCCCUUCUCCUAUUUCAAAUGAAGAAGAUGAAACUUUUGGCAAGAACAAAAUCAGAAAUAAAACUUGCAAUGGUAGGCGGCUCAGAAAGAGUUAUCAAUUGAGUGAAUCUGACGAUGAAGAAAAUUCUCGAUCUAAGAAUAUUUUAAAAUCUGGGAUUCCUUUCUCAGAGUUGGAAAGUUUAGAUGAAGAAAACCGUCCCAUAUCCUCCUUGUGCAAUAAUAGAACCAAGGGAGAGAAUGCUAUGGCUGUAGAGGAAAAGGAAGCAAGAGAGCACAAAGUCUUGCAUGAAACCAGUGAUUUGAAGAUAGAAUUUGAUGGUGAUUUUGUUACCGGAGUUAAUGGAAAUACUGAUGGUGUAUUUGAUGAUUGCCAGCUGAAUGGAUGUAGGGAAUUAGACUUUCCAAUCAAAUCUUCUGAAGUAAGCACAAAAGUUGGAAGUAAACGAAAGAGAAAACGGAAAGGAGAGGUGUCUAAGAGGAAAUCUGUUGAAGCUGAUGGUAAUAGUUGUAGUUGUGCCACUUCAGGAGUUGAGAUCCAGCAAGAUGAAUUGAAGAUGGAUAACACGGUCAAUUGUGUGUGUGAAGAGAAACAGGAGACUGUCCCUGGAGCUGAACUACUUGAUAAUUUAUCAUUCCCUUCAGCUGAUGUGGGCCAUGAAGAUAGUGAGAGACCAAAAAAGAAAAAGAAUAAAGGGUCAGAGCGAGGGAAAAUCAUUGAAAAUGACGGUCCAUGUGAUCAUAAGCCUGACAAGAUGGACCAAGAUGUGCAACCCACUUCUGAUCAGACUGAAAACCAUCCAAUGACAAAGAAAGUAGCCAAGAAGAAAAGGACCAAAGCAAUAGAAAACUGGGAUUCAUUGAAGUCAGAUAUAUCACUUUCUUCAUCUGGUGCAGAGAAACCAACUACAGAAACUGAGGAUAAGGAAAGUAAUGGUGUCUCCAAGUCAUCUCAAGCUAGAACUUUACCUAGUGGUUUGGUUAUUGAAGAACUAGAAGCUGGGAAACCAAAUGGAAAGGUUGCAACUUUGAAAAGAAAGAUUAGUGUGCUUUAUGUUGGUAAAUUGAAGGAGAGUGGUGAAAUAGUUGACUCAACGGAGGACAAGCUUCCUUAUAAAUUCCGCUUGGGAACUGGGCAAGUUAUAGAGGGUUGGAAUGCUGGUCUUGAUGGCAUGCGAGUCGGCGAGAAACGAAGACUUACUGUUCCGCCCUCAAUGGGAUAUGGGAAUGAAGGAGAUGGAGGAAAUAUACCACCUGAUUCCUGGCUCGUGUAUGAUGUCGAAUUGGUAAAGGUCCAUUAGCUUAUACACUCACUGAAAAUACAGGUAUGUUUCUUAUUGAAGUAGUGAAAUACCAAGGCUAUAGCUAAUAGUAGAUAAGUAUGAAUGAGAUGUGAGCUUUGGUUAGGCGUUGUAGAAAUUUUGGUAUACAUAGCCAAGGGAGGGGACUGUAUUUGGCUUAUCUGCGUGUAACUACCUUAUUUUGAUUUGUCAUUUGAGCUGGAUAUACUGAAUAGGGAAAUUAAUAGAAUUUUAUUCUUUUUUAGAACAUUACUUUGCAUUGUAAAUGUGGAGAUUCAAUCCCUCAGCCAGGAAGAAAGGUUAUUGGUGUCUUAAAUGUCGUAAAUGUUGGACUAUGUUAUUAAGUUAUAGCAUACAUUAGUAGAGGUUGGAACAAGUCAGUGUACCUGUUUAAUCAACUUUGAUAUGGUUAUGCACUUGAGAAAAGAGAGAGCCUUUUCAGUAGA